AUGUCCCAGGGUCUAUUGCCCCUGGAGAUUCCUGCCACUUUGCUGGCCCAAGUAAAAGGUCUUGAAAAUUUCCUGACGCUUUACCAUCUCUGGUGGUACAUUGUAGUUCUGCAUAUACUGUUUGAACUGAAUCAUGAUACCUUUAGAGAGCUCCAUGUCUUUAAACAUUCCUUCAAGCUUGCUGCUCUUUUCCAAACCCUGGUGCUGCUAAUGUUUAAUGAAGGAGAGGAAUUCAGUUUACAAGAGAUCAAGCAAGCCACUGCGAUAGAGGAUGGAGAAUUAAGACGAACUCCGCAGUCGCUAGCCUGUGGCAAAGCUAGAGUUUUGGCUAAAAAUCCAAAGGGUAAAGAUAUCGAAGAUAGUGACAAAUUUAUUUGGAAUGACGAUUUCAAACACAAGCUAUUCAGGAUAAAGAUCAAUCAAAUACAGAUGAAAGAAACGGUUGAAGAACAAGCAAGCACUACAGAAAAAGUAUUUCAAGAUAGACAGUGCCAAAUUGAUGCUGUGAUCGUCCGAAUUAUGAAGAUGAGGAAAACACUUAGCCACAAUCUUCUUCUUUCAGAAGUCUACAAUCAGCUUAAAUUUCCAGUUCAACCUGCUGAUCGUAAGAAGAGAAUAGAAUCCCUAACUGACAAGGACUACAUGGAAAGAGAUAAAGAAAACCCAAAUCAGUACAACUAUAUUGCAUAGAAUGUUGGCCUUGGAACAUUUGUUGUCAUAAU